AUGAAUGACUCUUCAUCCAGCUUCCCGUCAUUCUGGAGAGCACCGAUAAGCAGAUCGACGUCGUCUGAAAACGGACUUUUGGAUAGUAUGCCCGGAUCGACGGACCAGGAGAUACAAAUGACAGGAAACGAGCAACCACACGUGAACAUGGGAAAUGGAUUGACGGAGCACCGAACACAUCAGUACAUUAAUCGUCCGGAAGGAGAAAUGGAUAUGAUGAUUGGAUUCUUUCUGAUGAAUGGAUUCUGUGUUUCCUUCUUCCUGCUUUUCGGUCUCUGUGUCAUCUUCUCUUGUCUCCGAAAACGUCCAGCGUAUUUCCGCAGGAAGCAGUGUUCAGAGAGUGAAACAGUAGCACCGACAGUUCAGGAGGGAAGCUUCAAGCCCAAAUUGAAAUCCAUCGUGAGUCAAGUGAUCAAGUCUAACAAAGUGACAACAAAAAUCACAAUGGAUCCAGAGACAAUGGAGAUGGAAUCGAGUCCGGAUGAUAGUCAACAAACAAAACUAAGUGCCCCUCAAUAUUCUCGUUCGCCAACUCCAACGACGCAUGACCGGAAAACAAGUUUAACUGUCAGUAGACAAGCAUCUUUUGAUCAUUCCAGAAGAUGCUCAACUUCUGUUUCUCAAGAAAAUUCAGCAAUGAUUCGACACAAUUUACUGGGACCAUUGUCAUUUGAUGACCUUCAUUACAUGUAG